AUGAUUUAUAGUAACAGCUAAACUUAACUAUAUGGAUAAAGAGUAACAUAAACACCUCUUAAUAAAUAAAAUAGAGCUUAAGAUCAAUCAACUAUCUCAUAAUAUUAAUCUCCUUCUCUAAGAUAGGCUAUGUCACCAAAAGCAGCCAGGGAAUAUCUGAAUAGCUUAAAAAGCUUCAUAUAUUAAUAAUAAUAAACAAAACCAAUAUUAGAUAAAAUAACUACAUUUUCUACAUAAGAAAUAUUGUAUUAACAGCCAUAUUUAUAUUUCCCAGUAACAAACAGAUUUAAUGAUGAUAUUAAAUUGAUGACUCAAAAUAAAAUUGAAGUUAGAAAAUUAAAUGAUGAUGGUACCAUUCAUUCAUUAAGAUAUUAUUACUUAAAAUAAGCUGUCUUGGAUAAUUCAAAUAAUAUUCCAUAAUCAUAAUAAAUAAUGAUUGUAGGAUAAAAGUAAAGUGGCAAAAAGAAAUUAUUCCAAGAACUAAUCAAACGAUUUAUGCCUAAAAACUUCAAAAUAUCCUUACAAACUGAAUCAGGAGAGAAGACCAUCAAUCUCUAAUUGAAUGAUGAUAUAAAAUAAACUAUUAAAAGUAUACUAAUAGGAGUGAAACAUUAUUAAUUGAUUGCUUAAGGAGAAUAAAUUAUGAUAGCUUGUAGAGGGUUGGAAGGUUUCAAGAGAGACAAGAAAGAUAAGGGAAUCCUAAUUAUGUGUGUAAAACCAGGUAAAGAGUAGAAAUCAGAUUGUAUCAAGACAUUUAAAUUCUUAGAAGAAAUUUACAAAAAUUGAUU